UCCUAUCCUAGUUCCAGCGUUCGAGUGUCGAAUUUCUUCUUGAACUACGAUUCAACUUCUCGAAAACCAUCGAACCAUUUCGUAAUGAAGAUUCGAUCCAUCCGUCACUUUUGUGUACUACAUAAGUUCCACGGGAAGCGGGAAAAAAAGGAACAGCCGGGAAAGAAAAAAAAAACGAGAGCACGGAAGAGAAAAAAGAGCGGGAGGGGGAGAGACGAACGAGCGACGGGAAGUUGACUCGACGGGAAGCAAGCGUUUCCGGUGUCCGGGAACGACAUCCUGACGAAUCUAUUUCCGAAGGAGAGACGAGCGGAGAGGCUGGACCGGUCGACGAGGGCGAUAGAAAGAUCGAGUCGCGCGCGAUGAAUCAGUAUGAAUGAAAAGUCGCGUCGGGAGAGAAGCCAGUCAGUCAGCUGGCGUGUCGUGUCGUAUCGUGUCUGGCUUCGUUCUGCCUCGCUGACUUUUCUCAAAGAAGACGCGCGCGUGGGCGCCCGCUUUUCCUCCGCGUUUGUAACUCGAUGCGGUUUUUAAUCGGCGGCUCUGACCAGUCGCGUUACGCGUUUCCAUGGAAUCGUGACGAUCGUGUCGGGUUCAUGGGAACGACCGCGUUGCGCUCGUCGUGUGAUUCCUCGAGGGUAGUUGUUCGCGCGGGGGAUGAAUCGGGCUUUUGGUUCUCGAUGCGUGAGAAACGAUCGUUAAGACAGGUGGAGAGACAUGGAAGCAGUUUCGAUGUCGUUCGUGAGAUUUUGGCGAAGGGACGGAUUAAAACAAAGGCUAUCGCAAUGCGACUGUUCAAACGACAGUUCUCUGAUACCAGUCCGCAAUUAGUUUCGGCUACUCCCCUGACUCAGGAUGGAACUGUGCAUCUUACAACGGCAGAGGAAAAUCUCGAUCGAAGUAGCAAAGGGUUGUCCAACGAAAACGAUGAAUUGGGCCGAACAUCUGUAAAAGAGGACGUGAACGAGACAUUUUUGAAACCGUCAUCGUCGCAGCCUUGCAUUUCCAAUCGAAAACUAAUUUCGACAUGGGGCAGGAAAGUAGGACGAAGAUGGGAUCAGUUGAAGAGAUCGGACAGCUCCGAAUUGCUUUCAGUUUCGGGUCGAAGGAGACGAUGGAGUCCGAAUGGGAAAAGUGGCAUAGCAGACGAAAAAGAAAACGGUAUUAUCAACGACUCGCUCGAAUUACCAAGGCCAAAGAGAAUUUCCAGGGUGGAAUCGUUGCGGAAUUUGUUCAGAAGCAGCGAGCGAGGUAGCAGUUUUCUGAACGGCGACGCGUCGGCUAGAAACGUGACGAUACAAGAGGAGGACGUCACCUGUAUCGGUCAUUAUCCGAUGGAGAAAGCUCUGAGCGAGGGUGCCAUAAAGAACAUACCGUUCGGCGGCAGCUUGGACGACAGUCAAAUCGAUCGUAGAACUCUUCUUCGCGAGAAGAAGAAACAGCUUAGUCGUAGCAUCCACGAUCUCCAGGAGCAGCAGCGAGUUUUAGAUUACAUCUUGACCAACCAGGACUUGCUUAAGACUCAAGAGGGAACAGCUCUCGCGAAGCAGACUUUGAACAAAGUGACGCGAAGCACGAGUCCGAAACUACGAACGAGUCAGGAUGCAACGACAGACAGGGGCAAGAGCAACGUGUCCGUGCAAACCAGAGACUUUAUCAGUAAUCAGCUUAGCAAUAUUAAGAGGAAUCUAUUCAACGUUCGUGCGAGUGGCGGUGAUUGCGACAGGACCGAAAAUCAAAGAUCGUGCCCAACGACUGGCUUAGAGGACCUGAUGAGCAAUUUACGACUGGCAUGCGACGAAAGUGGCUACGAUUCCGACAGCACGCGAGCUGGAGCCGACUCCCCAGACAGCGGAAAGUCCGUCCCGCCAAUGUUAAAACCUCGUAGAUUCUCCAUAACGUCGGACGAUUACCACGGUAUCGAUCUAUCUUUGCCACCGAUAAAUGCCGACAGGGCGCUGAUAAAACAGGACGUGGCAACGGGAACAGAAACGCAAGUGAAAGAGCCGGCUGCUCCUUGCCUCGAAGACACUGUCGUAAUAAACAAUUCGGUAACGACCGACGUAACCGCGGUGGCGUCGGACGACGACACGGACAGCUGCGACGAAGACACUUUCGCUGGGUUUGCCGAGUAUCAGACGAAUUGCACCGUCGAGCAAGCAAAACCAACUGUAAGCACAUCGAAGCAACAUGACGACGAAUUGCCGAGAGGAUCUUCAGUAUCUUCGGUGUCCAAAACCAUAGAGGACGAUAAAAGAACGUGCCCCAUUAUUGGAAAGAGCCGACUCUCGAGAAUACCACAGAAGAAAUCGUUCAGAUCGAGAUUAGAUCAAACUGUGCCACUGUCGCAGGCCGUGAAGCUACACAAUCUACAAAAGGAGAACAAAGCGCAGGACACGUUGAAACCUCGAAAGCACAGCGAUCCUGGUAUGUUGAGUUUGUUAGAAAAUGCCGCGUCCCCGUGCAAAGACAGCCCUCCAGCAGCGAAGAUCCACGGGAACCUCGUUACCAGCCCUCUGCAGUACUACAGUCCGAAGAGAUCGCGGUCGACCAUGGAGUCGGAGGAUCCAGACGUAGUGAAUGCAAGAAACAAAUUAAAGAAAUCCGAGCAACCGGUGAAAGUCGAUCACCCGCCACCGGUUCCUCCCACACCGGCGAAAACCUUGGUCCGCCGAGAGUUGAAGACGAUGAAACUGUUCGUGGAGAGACCUGGGAAUCUUGGCAUUUCCGUGGAAAGGAAAGAGGCUGUCAGACCUUUCUACGUGAUCUCGAAGAUGGACGCGAACGGAGAGGCGGCCAAGUCGAAGCAGUUUCGGAUCGGUGACGAGAUCGUUCGCGUUUGCGGGCGCAGACUGCGCGGUAUGUCGAUCAUCGAGGCCAGAAACGCGUUGAGGACGUGUUCUGGUACCGUGGAACUGCAGAUUGCCAGACAACCGACGUUCACCUUCGGUGAAGAGCUGGGGGACACGUGGGGCGACAUUUUGAUCCGCACUCGAAGCGACUCCGAGGUGUGGACGUUGAAACAGGAGAAAGCCACGGAAGUCCCUCGUUCUGUGGACGCUGCAACGCAAGAGAGAACCUUCGCUCAGUGCGAAGUAGUCGGCGCGUUGAUGAAAGAUGGUAAGAACUUGUCGGCGAGUUCUAUGGAGCGGAUGGAGAUCGAGAGUGCGGCCACUUUGAAGAGGGAACCUAGUCAGAAGAUAACUGGUAUGAGAAAGUUCCACGUGGUGCGGAAGCGAGCUGUCAAUCCGAUUUCUUGUUCGCGGAGAACGACCAGUUUGUCGAUGGAUCUGUUGACCAUCACGUUGGAGAAGGGCGCGCCGAAGAAAUUGGGAUUUUCGAUAGUCGGCGGGUCGGAUAGUAGCAAAGGAUCCAUGGGCAUUUUCGUGAAGGACAUCAUGGCCGGCGGCCAGGCGGCCGAAGAGGGAACUUUGAAAGUUGGUGACGAGAUUUUGGCGAUCAAUGGAAUAUCGAUGGACGGACUGACGCACGCGAAAGCGUUGCAAACGUUCAAGAUGGCGAAGGCUGGGAAGAUGGUCCUCUACGUGGGUCGCAGAGACCCUACGCACAAACGAUACAUCAUUCAAUCAAAGUCGUACGAUUGCCUGGACAAACUGACGGAAACUGGUGACGAAUGAGAUCAUAAAAUCUCGAGAAAUCAAGCACCGACAGUCAUCGAAAUAUUGUGUAAUUAGUUUGUUAACGUGAGACUCAUCGAAGAUCGACGUACCAUUAUCCUUAAUUUUGCGAGUAAGAGAACAAUGUAUAUAUAUUUCACGUACGAUUUAAAGCACGUCGUUACGAUUUA